AUGAACGUCUCGGAACUGAUGCACCACUCCUCUUCUCCCCCCUCACAAUCAUCCAUUGACUCGACAAUCACUUUAUGGCAAUUCCUUCUCGAACUAUUACAACAGGAACAAAAUGGAGACAUCAUUGAGUGGACACGUGGCGCUGAUGGUGAAUUUCGGCUGAUUGAUGCAGAAGCAGUGGCCAGGAAGUGGGGACAACGAAAGGCGAAACCGCAUAUGAACUACGAUAAGCUGUCGAGAGCGUUGAGAUAUUAUUAUGAGAAGAACAUUAUUAAAAAGGUAAUCGGAAAGAAGUUUGUCUAUCGAUUUGUAACUACUGACACCCAAUCAAUGUCAAACGCCCCAUCCGAUUACUGUACUCCUCCAAAUAUGAGCAUGUGUUUUGUGAAGGAGGAGCAAGAUAUUAAACACGAGAUUCCAACAUGCCUCCCUGCUCCAGUUCCUCCUCCUCCUCCAACGAAUAUCUCCAGAAAUACAGAUUUCUCUGCGUUAAGUCUUUUGGGAACUGAUGUGCCAUCAACUGCACAUAGUGUGAGCACACCAAGUCCCACAGAUAGUGUCUGCUCCCCGUCCAGCAGUAUCACCUCUUCAGCCACUCCAUCCACAUCAUCGCCAGUCGAUGAGUCCCGUCAAUCCAGAAAGCGUUCGUUGUCUCCGAAUCUUGCCACGUCAUCAGUGUCUUCUUCUGCCACGUCAUCAUCAUUCACAAGCACCACAUCAUCAAUGACAACGUUGUCUGCACCACCUCCAUCGAAAAAAGGAAUGAAGCCGAAUCCUCUGAAUCUAACUGGGACGACAGAUUUCACACUGGCUCCGCCCCUUUCUCCAUUUUUCAUGCUUCAAAAUCAUCAGAACUCUCCAUUACUGCAACAACAAAUUGGGCAGUUGUAUGCUUUCACUGCAGCAAAUGCGCUGGCAUCUGCUGGCUUAUAUGGACCCCAAAUUUCACCACUUUUGACAUCACAAAGUCCGUUUAGAAGUCCACUAACGACUCCGAAGAAUUUGGGACUGGGAGAUAUUGGAAAAACACCGGGUACUGGUGAUAGUCAGGUUUUCCAAUUCCCGCCAGUGUCCGCAUUCCAGUCAAACAACACCCUACUGAACACAUUCUCCAAUUUGAUCAGUCCAAUCGCCCCAUUUAUGAUGCCCUCUCAGUCGAGCACUUCGUUUAAGUUUCCAUCAACAUCGGAUUCCCUUAAAACACCGACUGUACCUAUAAAAAUGCCCACUUUAUAA